AUGGCCGCGUACCACGUCGAGCACCUGCACUGGGCGGAGGCAGUGAACGACGCCAUCGACGGCGAGGGCGAGAGCGGCCGCCGGUUCGGCCGCAGCGGCCAUGACGACUGCGCACGCUUCGACGCCGUCAUGGCCGCCGCGGCCGAGCGGGUCGGGCCUGUCGCGGCGCUCAUCGCCGUGGACAUCGACGAGGUGCAGGACUUCAACGUCAUGUACGAGCUCCAGGACAAGCCCUGCACCGUCAUGUUCUUCUACAGGUACAGCUACGUCCACGUGCGUGGAUUUCGCUCCAGUGACCACGUCAACAACUGGGCCGCUAUCACCAGCGCCGACGAGUUCGCCGACGUCGUCGGGGUGGUGCACCAGAGAGCCACCGCAGGGUACCGUAGCGUUGACUUCGGCCACGGCGUAUAG